UUGCCGCAAGGGGUCACUGUUCGAUCAUUAACGUCCAAGAAAUAAGAAAACUAUCCGGAACAAACCAACAAACUCACUGAAUAACCGUUUCGGCCCACAGGGGUUGAUGGAUUUGAUGAAGCAGACGAUUGGUUGCUCUUUUAAACGUUUUUUAAAUGUCUAAACAAACCCAACUCUGCAAACUACAUAGUUUUUCUGGAGCCACUUAUCGGCGUGUGGUCUCCCUCGUCCCAGUCCCACACCUUGAGGCGCCAGGACAGGUGACGUGAUGCCUCAUAACGGUUUGAACUAUGACGGUAGAAGAGGAGGAACGCGUCACAGCAGCCGGAGAGACAACUAUCGGGUCCCAUUCACAGGUUUGGUGAAUGGAGCCGUCACGCACAACGGCUGGCCAGCCGCUGCCACCGAGAGCGAGCCGGCCGGCACGGGGAAUGGCGCCGAACGCCCGUGCGUGGUCAACGGUGACGUCGACCACUGGUACAAGGCCAAGAGCGCAAAGGCAGCGCCCCCGAGCACACACGGGAAACAGGGAGGCAUCGCUUCAGCUGGCAAUCCCCGUGGUAUUUCGGGGAAGGGGCCCGCCGGUCGACACGUUGCCGCCUCGGCCUGGAAUUCGGAACAAAUGGCACCACAAAUCAUCCCGUCAGCAACGGCCAAGAACCAGUGGAGAAGGAGGACGUUCAGGCGUGAGAAGAGAAACAUGGCAACCAGUACAAAGAACCCUCCACUCCCACUGAUGCCACCGCAGGAGGAGGAGGACUGGGAAAAUGAGAUCCAGGAGGUCACGCUGACCCACUCGGAAAAUAACUGUGACAACAUCCAACCCUACGGGCCACAGGAUGUGAUCCAUUUGUCUUUUCGGGAUUUGACGCUUCAGCAAAGGGACGCAGUCGACCUGCCGGUGACCGACAGUUACAACCCGGCCGUGCACCACCGAUGCCCCGUCCGCUGGAGCUGCCACAACGUCUCCGCGGAGCAAGACCAGUACGCAGACGCUGACGAGUAAGCCAGACGUGUUGCUGCGUGAGAGGACUGGUCGACCAAAAAGAGCCGCCGACGAGUUCUGCUGUGUAUCUAGUUUGCCGGCGUUGGCAUUGUACGGAUUUGUAGGAUCCUGUUUGGUCAGCAGCUGUCCCAUUUCUCCUCAUCUAAAACAUUAGUGGGCGAAUAUUCCAUUUUCUCUUAGGUUAUCAUCUAUACAAAGCUUCAAAAUCUAAUUAUAUUGCUAUUUUAGUUCUUCGGUUGCAUUCAGGUAUUUUUUUCUUAUCGUAGCUUUGGUUUUAUAUUUAUAUUUUAUAUCGCACCAUAUUAAUUUAGUUAACUUUUGUGAUCUUAAAGAAUGAUUUUAGAUAAACUGGCAGACUUUUCUGUUGUACCACUUCAGUGACUGUUGUUACUGAAAGGGUCAUGCAUUUACCCUUCUUUCCUUAUCUUCAUCAUUUUCUGCGAGAAUUCCAAGAAAGGAAGCAAUGUUUUUUAUGUCCAUGUUAUUCCUGUGUUUUAAAAUGCCUGAAGUAGGAACACCGUUUUCAUAGUUGGUAAUUAAUUGUGUUUAUCCAAUUUGCAUGUUCGCAACAAGUACGUGAAGCAACCAUUUUAAUUUGGGCAGAGCCAAUUUGAGUUUAGAAUUAUGGUCUGCCCUUUCAGACUUUAAUUUUUCACGACUGCAAUAAAUCAAAUCCUCUUCUACCUAUCUUGUGGUCAAAGCGUGCAUGUUUACCUCCGCUGGUCACAACGUUGCCCAGUUCAAAUCCCACUGCUUCAUAUUCGAUGGGAGAUUUGAGAAGCAAUGACCGCUUUUGGCCACUAGAUGGGAGGGCUG